AUGGCAAACUUUUUAGCAUCCUUUGUUCUUGUGUUGGCCAUUUUUGCUCAAUUUCACCAAAUAAUUUCAGCCCAAACUUUCAAUGUGAUCAACUAUGGAGCUGUUGGUAAUGGAGCUACUGAGGACACCCAAGCGUUUCUGAAUGCUUGGAAAGCUACUUGCAAAUCGAAUUCAUCUUCUUCUCCGACGAUGGUGGUUCCCGGCGGCAAGUCAUUUUUGCUUCAGCCUUUCACUUUUAAUGGCCGCCGUUGCAAGUCUCCAAAUAUUAGAAUUGUGAUCGAUGGAGAGUUGAUAGCACCAAAAGGUCCAUCAGGAUGGAAAUACAAGGGAAAAAAAUGUCGUCAAUGGAUUUUAUUUGAGCACAUGAAGGGUCUUAAAAUCCAAGGUUCUGGUACUAUCAAUGGUCGUGGAAGCACUUGGUGGCGUCUCUCUUGCACACAAAAUAAAAGGGUCUGUGGAAAGAAACCAACUGGCUUUAUUUUGGAGCAUUCAGAAAAAGUGCAAAUAAAGGGUCUAACCUUUAAGGACAGUCCCCAAAUGCAUAUGGCCUUUGGAAGGUCAAGAAAUGUUUAUGCUAACAACCUACACAUUCAAGCACCUGCCAAUAGUCCUAAUACUGAUGGUAUUCAUAUCCAAAAUUCCCAAAGAAUCUUAAUUCGUAGUUCUUACAUUGGCACAGGAGAUGAUUGUAUUUCGAUCGGGGAUGGUUCGUCUAGAAUUAGUAUCUCCAACAUUUCUUGUGGCCCGGGGCAUGGCAUAAGCAUUGGAAGCCUUGGUAAACAUGGACAACGAGAAACUGUUGAACAUAUUCAUGUUAGAGAUGUAACUUUUACAGGAACCACCAAUGGAGCUAGAAUAAAGACAUGGCAGGGUGGGAGAGGAUAUGCAAGACACAUCUCCUUUGAAGGCAUAACUUCUCGUGGCUCAUCAAAUCCAAUUGUCAUCGAUCAAUUUUACUGUGACCACGAGCAAUGCAAGAACCAAACUUCAGCAGUAAAGAUCAGCAAUGUGCUGUACAGGAAAAUAUCAGGGACAUCAGGGAGUGAAAUUGCAGUGAAACUAGCUUGCAGCGAUUCAAUCCCUUGUAGAAAUAUCAUGAUGAAGGACAUCGAAUUGAUACCGACAGGUCUAGAUGGAACUCAGUCGACAUCGUCGUUCUGUGGGAAUGUUGUGAAUGGACUUCAGAAUGGGACUGUCAUUCCCAGUGUCCCUUGCUUGAACCAAACUAGGUAGUAGCCUAGUAGGCUUCUCCAGAGCCAUGGCUCUGGUAUAUCUUUGUUUUUCUGUUUUGUGUUCUGUUUUGUUUGAUGAAAUUGAGGUUGAUGAA